UGCACCGCUGCAGUUUGUCUGGUUUCGCCCUGGAAUACGAGUACUUUCUUUGUUCUCUGGCUAACUGGGAUAUAGGAAAAGUAUCUCUUAUUUCGGUUUAUAUACCGCAGAAUGGCAUAGUACAUGGCUUGUCGGGCUGUUUUUUAUUGCCAUCCCCUCCCGCUGGCGAGUUCUCCGGAGGAGUUUCAUAGUUUUUCGCCUGGGAGCUGGCCUGGAAGGCGGCUGGAAGUGACCAGGUUUUCCAUUCAGCGCUGCACGGCCGCUUAAAAGCGCCGGCAUUCAGCCAUAAGGGCUCAAACGCAGUCCAGUUGGAGACCAGAACGGAUCGCCGCCGGUUCCCAGAAGAAACCAAUAUCCCUAAUCGAAAAGAUAAAUUAAGAAAAACAUAUAGAAAACCCUCAGCUAAGAAAGGAAAAAAGUGAAAAUGUCGCUGAUACCGUUUAUACUCGAUUUGGCCGAGGAGCUGCACGAUUUCAAUCGCAGCCUGGCCAUGGAUAUAGAUGAUUCGGCCGGAUUCGGGCUGUAUCCCCUGGAUGCCCCCGCACAGUUGCAUGCCCCACAGUUGAGUCGCGGGUUGGGGCGUGGAAAUGCCAUGAUGUGGGUGCCCAUUAAGGGUCAGUCGUCGUCGUCGUCGCCGCCUCAGCAUCGUCAUCAUCCGUAUAACCGUGUGGCUGGGGCAAAAACCGUUUGCUGCAAUAAGUCGCUGCUGGAGCUGGAAAAGGAGCUCAGCGACAAGGGAACUUCCGGCGGCGGAAGUGGCAGUGGUGGUGGUAUCACCAACCAGCCGUCGGCCAGCAAAUCCGCCUACUCGGUGGUCAAUCGGAACGGCUUCCAGGUGAGCAUGAAUGUGAAGCAGUUCGCCGCCAGGGAACUGACCGUCAAGACCAUCGACAAUUGCAUCGUGGUCGAGGGUCAGCACGACGAGAAGGAGGAUGGACAUGGGGUGAUCUCGCGCCACUUCAUCCGCAAGUACAUCCUGCCCAAGGGCUACGAUCCCAGCGAGGUCCAUUCGACCCUCUCCUCGGACGGGAUACUGACGGUCAAGGCGCCGCCGCCGCUUCCAGUGGUUAAGGGGAGCCUGGAACGGCAGGAGCGCAUCGUGGACAUCCAGCAGAUUUCGCAGCCCCAGAAGGAUGCGCAGCCGCCGAAGCCGGCAGAGCAGCAGGCAGAACAGCCAUCCACUCCGACUGCACCCACACCCGGUGGCACUUCCAUUUCCACUACCACUUCCACUACCACUUCCAUUCCCACUCCCUCGCUCUCGCUCACUCUCUCCGAGAGCAACGGCAAUGGUCAGGAGGAGACAGAGAUGGAGUCGGAAGUAGCGGCUCUUUCGCCCUCUCUUUCCAAUGAGGCUGCUGCUGCCGCCGUUGCAGUGGAAGCCCCUUCCACUGCAGGAACCACUGCCACUUCCAGUGCCAACAAUGGCGUUGCAGAACCGGAGUCCAUGGAAGUGGUUGCCAAAAACGAAGAGGCUGCCAAAGAGGAGGACCCCAAAACCAAGCCCCAACCGAAACCCGUUAUAAGCAGCGAAGAGGAGCAGAAAACAGAGGACGCCAAUGCCAACGAAGUGGCCGUAGCCUCGAAUAACGGUAAUGGAACCACUACCAUCACCACCACCACAGCCCCCGAGGAUGUGGAAAUGCCGCUGGCCAAAAAGCCCGAAGUUCCCACAGAAGACAGCAAAGAGGAGAAGGCGGAGAAGGUGGAGAAGGUGGAGAAGGUGGAAAAGGCGGAGAAAGUGGAGGAGAAGGGCGGCGAGGAGCUGGCCGCCGUGGAUGCGGCCAUACUCCUGGCCAAAAACCAGGGCGAGAACGGAGCCACUGCAGCCAAGACCGAGGAGCUCGCCAAGUGAAGACUGACAUAAAAAAA